AUGCCGUUGCAUUGCUGCGUGCCUUGCUGUAACCAGCGUGGCGGGAAAGACUCCGAUGGAAACAAGGUAUCCUUCCUAGGAUUCCCAAACGAUUCCGCUUUGAAAAAGAAAUGGAUCGUCGCAAUACGCAGGGAUGAAGGCAAGCACUUCAAAGCGAACAGACAUACAAAGGUGUGCUCAAAGCAUUUUGUGGCAGCUGACUUUUUCUCAAACUAUGUUUCGGGGACAAAACGGCUCAAGGAAGGCGCAGUGCCAAGCGUGUUCAAUUUCCCGUCAAAUCCUGCUGGGCCACGAAGGAAGCCUCCCAAAGACCGCGGUGCACAGAAUACUUCCCGGUAUGUACAGGAGCCAACAGAGGAAACGCAUGGAAUCACUGAACACCGUGAAAACUCUGGUACGGCUCCCGAACCAGAGUUAUUGGGCACCAGAGUCAUAGCUGAUGACGUUGAGAUGGGAAAUUCAUUCGUGGAGUCACAAGCAGCUACGUGCACGCCAGGUUAUACUGAAAUAACAAGCGUUGGAAACACUGAGAAGGAUCUGGAAAAGGAACUACAGGAAGUGAAAGAGGAGCUUAGAGUUACAAACGAGAAGCUUUUGCGUAGCGAAAGAAAGACCAGAUUCUUGGAAGACGAGCUGAAGCACACAAAGCAAGCGCUUUUGCGUGUCACCAGGGAGCUCGAACUGGCUCAGGAGACAUUGAAGAAGCUUGAACGGAAAGUCGGAAGGCAGUUCUCGGUAGAACGUUUCAAGUCCAAUGACGAAGACAUGCGCUUUUAUACUGGCCUUCUAUCAUACGCAGUGUUCACAAGUGUGCUAAAUUUUCUUAACCCUGGCGAACAUGGGGAAAACAUCAAGGCCCGGUCUAGAACACAGACAGACUCUCCCAAGAUGGGUAGACCAAGGAGCCUUACAGUUGAGAACGAGUUUUUUUUGUUCCUCGUGAGGUUACGGCUCGGAUUGUUUGAAAAGGACCUUGCGGACAGAUUUUGCGUGUCAACAGCCACAGUGUCCAGGAUUUGCAUUACGUGGACAAGUUAUGCAUUUAUUCACCUGGCACAGUUACCUCUCUGGAUGUCAAAGGAAAGAGUGCAGGAAGAAAUGCCACCUGAAUUCAAAGACAAGUACUCCGCAACCAGGGUCAUCAUAGAUGCAACAGAAAUCAAAUGUCAGACAGCGAGUUCACUAGCUUUGCAGUCUGCGACAUUCUCAACGUACAAGUCGGCGAACACUUUCAAGGGGCUGAUUGGCAUUUCACCUGAUGGGACGGUCACCUUUGUGUCGAACCUUUUCCCCGGAUCCAUUUCUGACAAGGAAUGUGUGAGGCAGAGUGGCUUCCUAACCCUCCCGUUUGAUGAAGGAGAUGUUGUCAUGGCUGACAAAGGGUUCAGGAUCCAAGAAAUGUUGAACGACAUCAAGGUUGGGCUUAACAUACCACAAUUUCUCACAAGAGGCCACUUUAGUGAGGCAGAAGUAAAAGAAACUGAAGAAAUUGCUUCACUGCGAAUACAUGUCGAGAGGCGUAUACAGCGUGUGAAAAGUUUUCAUAUCUUCGACAGGCCAGUCCCUCUCUCUCUGGGUCCCAUCAUAAAUGAAAUGUGGGUUGUUUGUGUCAUACUGACCAAUUUUCAAUCUCCACUUUUGCGUUCUCUUGAUGACUGA